AGUGAACGAAUUCCUUUGGGUCUCAUAUACCAGCUGAGUGGAUGCAGUUAUGUUCCAAACCUUCAAUUAAGCAAAGCUAUAAGAAGGAUGGAUCGUACUUGGCUGAGUUCCUACUGGAAAAAGGCUAUGAGGUCCAUGGAAUCGUUCGUCGAUCUAGUUCUUUUAAUACAGGCCGGAUUGAACAUCUCUAUAAGAACCCACAGGCUCACACUGAAGGAAACAUGAAGCUGCACUAUGGUGAUCUCACGGACAGCACCUGCCUGGUGAAGAUCAUUAAUGAAGUCAAACCCACUGAGAUAUACAACCUGGGAGCUCAGAGCCAUGUCAAGAUCUCUUUUGACUUAGCAGAAUAUACUGCUGAUGUUGAUGGGGUUGGUACUUUACGGCUCCUAGAUGCUAUUAAGACCUGUGGCCUUAUCAACUCGGUGAAGUUCUACCAAGCUUCUACCAGUGAACUUUUUGGAAAAGUGCAAGAAAUCCCACAGAAGGAGACCACCCCUUUUUACCCAAGAUCGCCUUAUGGGGCAGCAAAACUGUAUGCCUACUGGAUUGUGGUGAACUUCAGAGAGGCCUACAAUCUUUUUGCUGUGAACGGCAUUCUCUUCAAUCAUGAAAGCCCCAGGAGAGGAGCUAAUUUUGUUACUCGAAAAAUUAGCCGAUCAGUAGCUAAGAUUCACCUUGGGCAGCUGGAAUGUUUCAGCCUGGGCAAUCUGGACGCAAAGAGAGACUGGGGCCAUGCCAGGGACUAUGUUGAGGCUAUGUGGCUGAUGUUGCAAACAGAUGAGCCAGAAGACUUUGUCAUAGCCACUGGGGAGGUCCAUAGCGUCCGUGAAUUUGUGGAGAAGUCAUUUAGGCACAUUGGGAAAACCAUUGUGUGGGAAGGGAAGAAUGAAAAUGAAGUAGGACGGUGCAAGGAGACUGGCAAGAUUCAUGUGACAGUCAAUCACAAAUACUACAGGCCAACUGAAGUGGAUUUUCUUCAAGGAGACUGUACCAAAGCGAAACAAAAGCUGAACUGGAAGCCCAGGGUCACGUUUGAUGUGAGUUGUGUUUCUGGCGUGCUUUGUACCUGCCAUGUGCUUGUGUCCUCCAAAAGCAACGGAGGAGUCCAGGAGGGAGGGAAAACCUUUGCCUGGGGUGACUCAGGCACAUCGAGAAAUCACAUUUCCAGUGACAAUCCCGAGCCGCUGUUGCUUUGA